GAAGACAAACGUCGCAGGAAUACUGCUGCCUCUGCUAGAUUUCGGAUAAAGAAGAAGCAAAGAAAUUUGAACCUGGAGCGGACGGUCUCAGAUCUCACUGGGCGCGCAGAUGAACUGGAAAAGGAAGCGGCGGACCUGCGGCGGGAGAAUGGAUGGCUGAAGGAGAUCGUU